AUGCCACCUGCGGCCCCGUCGCCACCUGCGGCCCCAUCGCCACCUGCAGCCCCGCCGACACCUGCGGCCCCACCGCCACCUACGGGCCCGUCGCCACCUGCGGCCCCGCAGCCACCUGCGGCCCCGUCGCCAUCGGCGGCCCCGCCGCCACCUGCGGCCCCGCCGCCACCUGCGGCCUCGCCGUUGCCUGCGGCCCCGACGCCCAGCGCCCGCACCACCGAGCAGCCGAACCGCCGCCCAGCUGAGCCGCCCGACCGCCAAGCCGCCCAGCAGUCGAGCCGCUCGACCACCGAGCCGCCCAGCAGCCGAGCCGCCCGACUGCCAAGCCGCCUAGCACCGAGCAGCCGAGCCGCCCGACCGACGAGCCGCCGAGCAGCCGAGCCGCCCGACCGCCGAGCCGCCGAGCCGCCCGACCGCCCCUCUUGCCUAGUAAGAGCAUACGUUCUCACCUUUGACGCUGAGGGUAGGGCAGUGGACUUUGAGUUCUGGGUAGAUGAUCUGCAGCUUUUCCUACAGUGCGAUAGGGCAGACGGCCUCUCCCUCUUUGACCUCACUUUUGGUGCCUCCCCUGCCCCUGCUGCUGAUGCUGACGCCACUGUUCGUUCACAAUGGGCCACGCGCUAUGCUGCUGCUCGCCUUGCUGUGCGCCGCCACUUAACGACCACUGAGCGUGCACACUUUAGCCACUACAAGAGUGCUCAGACCUUGUACGAUGCUGUAGUUGCACGCUACUCUUCCCCUGCCACUGCUGCACUGAGCCGCCUCAUGCUACCGUACCUCUUCCCUGACCUUGCUACCUUUCCCACAGUCGCUGACCUCAUUACGCACCUCCGCACUAGUGACACUCGCUACCGCCCUGCGCUUCCUGCUGAGUUCUGCGCCAAGAACCUCCCCCCCCCCCCCCCCCCCCCCAUGUACAUCACCCUUUACUACAUAGUCACCCGGCUCCCUGACUCUCUCCGCGUAGUCAGAGACCACUUCCUCCCAGUUUGCCCCACCACUCUCACCAUUGACCUCCUCGAGAAGGCCCUCCUAGCGAUACAGAAGAGCAUUGUCGCUAUAGGAGCCUCUCGUGGUGACCCUCACACCCCCGUCUUUGACGGGUGUUCUCCCUCCCCCCUCUUGCCCUCUAUUGCCUCUGCUGCUGCGGCCGGCCUCGUUGGUUUUGAGUCGGUCGGCGCUGCGUCUGCCCCAAGUGGGAGACGCCUCACCGGCAAGGGCAAUGGAGGCAAGGGCGCUGGAGGGGCUGGAGGGGGCGGUGGAGGUGGUAGUGGAGGCAAUGGAGGGAGUGAGGGUGGUGGUGGGAGUGGUGCCGGGGGUGGCGGCGGCGGCGGCAGCAGUGGAGGCGGCGGAGGCGGUGGAGGUGGCGGAGGGAGCGGAGGCGGCGGAGGUAGUGGAGGAGGCGGAGGUGGAGGAGGCGGCAGAGGCGGCGGUGGUGGAGCGAGUCGCGACUCUGCGCAGAGGAGUGGCGCCGGUGGUGGUCAGCGCCAGCAGUAG